UGUGUGGGGGGAGAAGGUGGAGGGGGUGGCCAGGAGGGUGGCCGGAUUGCAGGGGACACUUCACCAUGGAAUAUGAAGUCAAGAAAGGGAAAAAGGGCUUCGUGUCCCCCAUCCGGAGGCUGGUGUUCCCCAAGGCUGGGCGCCGGGCAGCCUGUCGGAGCAGCGUGAGCCGCCGGCCCUUGCACUCAAUGCCCCUUUAUCCCCCCGACUACCUCAUCGACCCCCAGAUUCUGCUGUGUGACUAUCUGGAGAAAGAGGUCAAGUUCCUGGGCCACCUCACCUGGGUCACCUCCUCACUGAACCCCUCCAGCCGGGACGAGCUCCUGCAGCUGCUGGACACGGCCAGGCAGCUGAAGGAGCUGCCGCUGAAGACCACGGCGGAGCAGGACAGCAUCCUGAGCCUGUCGGCCCGCUGCCUACUGCUCACCUGGCGAGACAACGAGGAGCUCAUCCUACGUAUCCCCACGCACGAGAUCGCCGCCGCCUCCUACUUGCAGGACGACGCGCUGCACCUGCUGGUGCUUAAGACCGGUCUGGGCGUGGACCCGGUGCCAGCCGGCGUAGACGCCAGCCCCGGCGGCGCGGGGCGCGACCCGGGCCCGCCGGGCGCGGCGCCUGAGAAGCGGCGGGUGGGCACCACCGAGCGGCGCCACACCAUCUGCAGUCUGGACUGGCGGAUGGCGUGGGGCGGGGGAGCGGGUGCCGAAGCUCGGGUCGGAGGCGGCGGCGGUGGCAGCCUGGAGCGCCAGCGCGCCGGGGCGCGGGCGUCGGGCAGCUGGGAGAGGCGGCAGACGUUCAGCGGCAGCUGGGAGCGGCGACACGGCGGCGGCGGCGGAGGCGCGGGCAAGCCGGGCGGCAGCUGGGAGCGGAGGCAGGCGGGCGGCGGCGGCAGUUGGGAACGGCGCCACCCGGGCACCAACCCUCUUGACCCGCAGGACCCCAGCCCUGAUGCCUACUGCAACCUCGUCAUCCUGGCUGUGGCCAACAGGGAUGCUGCUGAGGAGUCCUGCGCCCUCAUCUGUCAGGUCUUCCAGAUCAUCUACGGGGACCAGAGCAUCGAGUGUGUGGACCGGGCUGGCUACCACUACACAUCCACGCCCGAACGGCCAUGGCUCUGCAGCCGCAGUGAGAGCUGCCGCACAGACGGGACUUACGCCUAUGACGCCGACUUCAGCUGCUGCAGCUCCUUCAACGGCUCCCAGGACACAUUUGAAGCGUGUUACAGCGGCACGUCCACGCCCUCUUUCCAUGGCUCCCACUGCAGCGGCAGUGACCACAGCGGCCUGGGGCUUGAGCAGUUGCAGGAUUACAUGAUCACGUGUCCCCACAGCUGCGGAGUAAGCUGGGGCCCCUUGAGAUACAGCAGUUUGCACUGCUGCUGCGGGAGUACCGGCUGGGGCUGCCCAUCCAGGACUACUGCGCAGGCCUACUGAAGCUCUACGGGGACCGGCGCAAGUUCCUCCUGCUUGGGAUGCGGCCCUUCAUCCCGGACCAGGACAUCGGCUACUUCGAGGGCUUCCUGGAGGGUGUGGGCAUCCGCGAGGGUGGCAUCCUCACCGACAGCUUCGGCCGCAUCAAGCGCAGCAUGAGCUCCACGUCGGCGUCCGCCGUGCGCAGCUACGAUGGCGCGGCCCAGCGGCCCGAGGCGCAGGCCUUCCACCGGCUGCUGGCCGACAUCACGCACGACAUCGAGGCGCUGGCCCCGGACGACGACGACAGCACGGACGAGGAGUCCCGGGGGUCCCCGGGCGGGGGCGAUGCAGCCGAGGACAACUACCUGUAGCCUGCGCCGCCGCCCCUGAAAAGGGCGGGGAAAGGGUGGUCCCGCAACCCUGCCUCUGCGACUCGCUCACUCUGGCCUGUGGGACUCCAUCCCCAGGGUCCCCUGCUCAAACCCCAAGGCUCCACCCUCCGGUGGUCUCUGUCCCUACCCUUGGGGCUCCGGGCCCUGCAGUACCGAGAAUGUCCUGCAGAGGGCGGAACCCUAACAGGGACCGAGCAGCCCCUCUGCCCACGGGUGGGCUGCGAACUGCUUCGUCUCACUAGCCCGGAGGGAUCGGGCACUCGCUCCUCUUCCAGACUCCGUGGCUUUCUGGAGGCCGAGGGAUAGAUGAAGAGUUGGCGCCACCUGCUGGCCGAUUGAGAAAAGAAUUCCCAGCGCCUGAUGGCCUCUACUCCUCCUACUACACAGUUUAGGAAACCGCUUCAAAAGGAGAAGGAACUUGAAGGAGUCUCCUGAUUCCCCUCAGAUGUUACCUCAAACUGACUCUACUAGAUAGUGUAGAGGGUAUUUUUAAAGCUCUGAAUCCGGGUCUCAUCUUCCCAGAUGGCAGAGAUUAGAUGGUCAGGGUAGAAAAGUAGUUUCUUUCUACUGAGAGUGGAUCCCCGGGAGGAUGAUCUGUGUCCCGGUCCUGGUCCCAAGGCUCUGAACAAGCUGCUUGUUCAGAUCUUGCAUUUGGAGCUGGACAGACCUAGGCCUCCUCUGUGGUAGGGGUCCUGGCCUCCUGGUGCCUCCCAUUUCCUCUGCUGACCCUUGAGUUGGUCCCACCCACCUCACAGGGGCUGGUCAUAGGGAUCCCUGAAGGGCAAGACCUGCUGGGUCCGGCACAUGAUAGAUGCUCAAUAAAUGCUGUUCCUUUCCCCACUGAA